UGGUCUCUUUGGAAAAAGGGGUGAUUUUUGGUGUAAAUCUAAACUGUAAUUCCAUAAUAUAUCAUUGGACCUCGUAAAACAGACACUAAACCCUCAAAUUAUGAGUUCACUAUAUUAUGCUAACGCGUUUUUUUCCCAAUACCAAGCAGCGAAUUCGGUCUUUCCUGCGGGCGUGUUUCCCGAGCAAACUUCUUGCGCCUUUGCGUCCACUUCACAGCGGGUCAGCGCCUAUGGCUCAGGAGCUACCGGUUCGACGUUCUCUACCUCCACCCCCUCGUCUUCCGCCUCUCUACCGAGCUUGUACGCUAACAGUGCAAGUCUUUCCACCCGGAAUCAAGGCAUGUAUCCCGCAGCAUAUGGGCUGGGGGCCGGCUCUUUGAACAUGCGCUGCACGGCUUCUGAGCACCCGAGUCUGACCAUGAUGUGCGCCACUGACCCUUCCAAGGCGGUCAGCAGUGGCAAGGCAGACCAGCGAAGCUGUCAUCAACACCACGAGGACAACCUCAGGAUAUAUCCAUGGAUGAGAAGCACAGGUGUCGACAGAAAGAGAGGCCGUCAGACCUACACGCGCUAUCAGACACUGGAACUGGAGAAGGAAUUCCAUUUCAACCGCUAUCUUACCCGGCGGCGGCGCGUGGAGAUCGCACACGCCCUUUGCCUAACUGAACGACAGAUCAAAAUUUGGUUCCAAAACCGACGGAUGAAGUGGAAAAAAGAAAACAAGACAACAAGCCCUAAUUCUCCUGCUGCGGAAAAAAAUGGAGGGGAUGAGGAAGAAGAAGAAGAAGAUGAGGAGGAGGAGGAGUAGCGCUAGAAGAGAGAGAAAAUCCCAGACUCCGAAAGAGACAAAGAAGCAGCGCAAUCUUCUUAAUCUCGUGAUACACUGAGUAAAACAAACUACCUACCAGUUUAAAGCGCUUUAAAUGUACCAUACCUACCUGUGUAUUAUCUUAGACUUCUAGAAGCACUAAACAAGUAUGCUUUUGUUCUUUAAAUCAUGCAUAAUUUCGUUGGUUACAGUAUAAAUAAAUAGAUAAGUUGUUAUUACUUAAAAAGGGAGAUCUUGAACGGCAUUUUAUUAUUUUAGUUAUUUUAUUACAAUAUUUGCUUACUGUGUUUUAAGCGUGUAUCUUCUUAUUUGCACCAUAUAUGCAUUUUGAAUUACAUGAACUUUGGACCAUAAAAUAUAUGAAUAUUCGUGUCACGAGAACGGUGUCAAUAAAGACGAAAAUAUAAA